GUGACAGGCGUGGCCCGCGGGGGUGCGGCUGAGGCGGCGGGGGCUCCUCGCGUCUCUUCCCCCAGCUAGGCUCCGCCGGAUCCCCGGGAGCCCCGCUGCUCUCUGGCUCCUUGGCUUGUGGCUGUGGGUUCCACCAGGUCCGCCCUCGCACACCGCUUCGGGAUCCCCCCAGCCCCCGCGGCCCCUGCUCGCCAGGCCGGGGCCACAGAUCCCGCAGGCGCCUCUCUCCUCCUCGCAGCCCCUGUCCUCCAGCCCUUCUACAAGAUGCCGUCGGGCUUCCAACAAAUCGGCUCUGAAGAUGGGGAACCCCCUCAGCAGCGAGUGACUGCGACCCUGGUCCUUGCUGUAUUCUCUGCUGUGCUUGGCUCCCUGCAGUUUGGCUACAACAUUGGAGUUAUCAAUGCCCCACAGAAGGUGAUUGAACAGAGCUACAAUGAGACGUGGCUGGGGAGGCAGGGACCUGAGGCACCCAGCUCCAUCCCGCCAGGCACCCUCACCACCCUCUGGGCUCUCUCCGUUGCCAUCUUUUCUGUGGGCGGCAUGAUUUCCUCCUUCCUCAUUGGCAUCAUCUCUCAGUGGCUCGGAAGGAAAAGAGCCAUGCUGGUCAACAAUGCCCUAGCAGUGCUGGGGGGCGCCCUCAUGGGCCUGGCCAAGGUUGCUGCCUCCUAUGAGAUGCUAAUUCUUGGACGGUUCCUCAUUGGCGCCUACUCAGGGCUGACAUCAGGACUAGUGCCCAUGUACGUGGGGGAGAUUGCCCCCACUCACCUGCGGGGCGCCUUGGGGACGCUCAACCAACUGGCCAUCGUCACUGGCAUUCUGAUUGCCCAGGUGCUGGGCUUGGAGUCCCUGCUGGGCACUGCCACCCUAUGGCCACUGCUCCUGGGCCUCACAGUGCUACCCGCCCUCCUGCAGCUGGCCCUGCUGCCCUUCUGCCCCGAGAGCCCACGCUACCUCUACAUCAUUCGGAACCUGGAGGGGCCUGCCAGAAAGAGUCUGAAGCGCCUGACGGGCUGGGCUGAUGUGUCUGGAGCGCUAGCUGAGCUGAAGGAUGAGAAGCGGAAGCUGGAGCGGGAGCGGCCACUGUCCCUGCCCCAGCUCCUGGGCAGCCGUACUCACCGGCAGCCCCUGAUCAUUGCAGUUGUGCUGCAACUGAGCCAGCAGCUCUCUGGCAUCAAUGCUGUUUUCUAUUAUUCAACCAGCAUCUUUGAAACGGCAGGAGUAGGCCAGCCAGCCUAUGCCACCAUAGGAGCUGGUGUGGUCAACACAGUCUUCACCUUGGUCUCGGUGUUCUUGGUGGAGCGGGCUGGACGACGGACGCUCCAUCUUCUGGGCCUGGCAGGCAUGUGUGGUUGUGCCAUCCUGAUGACUGUGGCUCUACUCCUGCUGGAGCAGGUUCCAGCCAUGAGCUAUGUCUCCAUCGUGGCCAUCUUCGGCUUUGUGGCAUUCUUUGAGAUUGGCCCUGGCCCUAUUCCCUGGUUCAUUGUGGCAGAGCUUUUCAGUCAAGGACCCCGCCCUGCAGCCAUGGCUGUUGCUGGUUUCUCCAACUGGACAUGCAACUUCAUCAUUGGCAUGGGUUUCCAGUAUAUUGCGGAUGCUAUGGGGCCCUACGUCUUCCUUCUAUUUGCGGUUCUCCUGCUUGGCUUCUUCAUCUUCACCUUCUUAAGAGUACCUGAAACCCGAGGCCGGACGUUUGACCAGAUCUCAGCCGCCUUCCGCCGGACACCCUCUCUGUUAGAGCAGGAAGUGAAACCCAGCACAGAACUUGAGUACUUAGGGCCAGAUGAGAAUGACUGAGGGGCACGGCAGGGGUGGGAGAGCCAGCUUUCUCCACCCCUCAAGAGACCCCCUCCUUUCGUCUGCAGCACUUUAACCCUCUCUUCCCCAUUACUUCCAGGGUAGAGAAAACCCCUGCAGCCUGGUAGAAUUGGGAAGCUGGAGGGAAGGGUGGUCUGAGCACCCCCCUCAUUCCCCUCGUGUGACUCUCUUGGAUUAUUUAUGUGUUGUGGUUAGACUGUGGCCAUUGGGUGGGCCGUUCUCCCCUUCCUCUUCCUUCCCCCCAGCCCAACCUUUCUACCCCACCCCCACACUCAGUUCCAGAAUACUUUCUCCCCUUACUAUAGAAGGGGGAUUGGAAGGAGGAGAGGCCCUAGACUAUUUCAGCGGGAAAAACUGAAGCAGAGAGCAGGAUGUGAGACGAGAAACCAAGUUUUCCACCAUCCUAGACUCCUUACACAAUCUGGGACUUUCACU